UACUCUAUGCCCUUACUUACUCUUCUCUCAUCACACAAAUUAAGAAACUAUCGUAAUCCUCCGCCAUGCAGGCCCAAGCCCACAGGCCCAGCCUCUCGGCCACGUUCCUCCGGAGACUCCAAGAACGGGCCCCGCACUCCAACCACCUCUGCGGCGUCCUCACCCUCCUGGCCACCGCCUCCGUCCUGCUCAUCCUGGCCGGCCUCACCGCAUCCGGAGCCGUACUCGGCCUCAUGGUUUUCCUGCCUUUCAUAAUCGUCUCCAGCCCCCUGUGGGUCCCCGCUGCCACCAUUCUCCUUGUCUUCACCGCCGCUUUUUUAUCCGUCUGCGGAUUCGGCCUGGCCACCGUCGCUGCCUUGUCAUGGAUGUACCGUUACUUCCGUGGCCUCCACCCGCCCGGUUCGGACCGGGUCGACUACGCUCGGAGCCGGAUUUAUGACACCGCUAGCCACGUCAAGGAUUGCGCCAGAGAAUACGGUGGCUAUUUGCAGAGUAAGGUUAAGGAUGCUGCCCCCGGCGCCUGAACACACAUUCCGAUCGUCUCAGGGUGUGUAAUAACUGUAGAAAUUCCGUCAACUUUAUUUGUUCUUUUCAUUUUUUUUUCAUUUUUAUUUUGUCUGUACUUUCUGACUCUACACUUUAUUCCAUUCAUUUACGGCCUUGUUGAUCUGCUUCCACGUGUAUUUUUAUUUUGAUCCCAGCGACAAUUAUGUCUCUUUCCGCUGUUCUUGUCGGUUAUAUAUGUUUUAGUUUUACAAUUCAGAAGCUAAGGGAGAAAGUAGUUGUUAUAUUAUUAA